AUAUUAAGUGCAACAAUAGGAAUAUCUGUAAAUAAUGCAGCAUUUAGAUGGUUUAAUUUACAAAUGAAAAAAUUACAUUAUUGGAAUUAAAUAAGUAAUUUUAAAAAACAACUUUUAGCUUUUUGCUUUGCAGAUGUUUUUGCAACGCCAUUCCGUUUACCAUUUGAAGUUAGAAAAAUGUUUAUUUAAAUGAACGCGGGACCUAUAAGCUUUAAUAAAUAUAUAAAUGCCAUGAAAAUUUCAUUAUUGCCUUCAAUUAUAAGAGACUUUUCAUUUAGACUUGGAUUUAAUAUUACAUACUAAUUUUGCUUACAUGGAUAAAAUUAUAUAAAUUAUUAUUCCAAUAGUGAUGAUAUUUAAAGAGAACUUCUUAAAAUUAAUAUUGAAAAAAGUUAAGCUAGUUACGAUAAGAAAAUUGCAGGAAUGAUAUUAGGAUCUCUAGUAG